AUGGCUCCAUCAGUUCUCAGUUCCCCUACAGCGGAGAUUCCUUCCCCUGGGGACUCGCUACUCAAUCCCAAGAAGCGCCGAGACGUUGACGAGCCUGGUUCCGUUAAGGAUAUUAAUGUGUUUACGCCAGCUCCUUCUCGUUUUGUUCACGAAUGCCACCCGUUGGAGCCGCAAACAACAGAGGAGGUUGAUGGCUAUUUUCUGGAGCAUUGGCCAUUCAAGACGACCAAGGACAGGAAGAAGUUUGUCGGUGCGGGCUUCUCCCGUGUUACGUGCCUCUACUUUCCUCUGGCUAAGAGUGAUCGUAUUAAAUAUGCCUGCAUGCUCCUCACUAUUCUUUUCUUGAUUGAUGAUAUUUUGGAGGACAUGUCAUUUGUUGAUGGUUCCGCCUACAACGACAAGCUCAUGCCAAUUGCUCGUGGCGAUGUGUUGCCAGAUCGUUCAGUCCCUGCUGAGUGGAUCAUGUAUGACUUGUGGGAGAGUAUGCGAGCGGUUGACAAGCAGCUUGCAGAUGAUGUCCUUGAGCCAACAUUUACUUUCAUGAGGGCCCAGACGGACAAGGCUCGACUGACCAUCCAGGAGAUGGGAGAGUAUCUCACUUAUCGUGAGAAGGAUGUCGGAAAAGCUUUGCUAUGCGCUCUUGGAAGAUUCUCAAUGGAACUCCAUCUCACCCCUGAUGAACUGGCCGCAGUCCACCCCGUGGAACAGAACUGCGCCAAGCACCUCUCCGUCUUGAACGACAUCAUGAGCUGGGAGAAGGAGUACCAAGCGUACCUCACCGGCCAUCCAGAGGGCUCCGCCAUCUGCUCUGCGGUUCAGGUUCUCUCUGAGGAGACUUCGCUGCCGUACUCGGCUUGCAAGCGUAUUCUCUGGGUCAUGUGCCGUGAGUGGGAGCUGCAGCACGAUUUCCUAGUGGAGAAGCUGCAGAAGGAGUUUAAUUACAAGCCAGGCGGCAAUGUGAUGCAGUAUGUCAAAGGUCUGGAAUACCAGAUCAGCGGGAAUGAGCAGUGGAGUGUUACUACGCCGCGUUACAAUUCUCCCACCGCCUCUGCAUAG